AUGUUUUAUAGGCUAAAAUAGCAGCAACAUCAAUCCCCGCUAAGGCAACUAAUUUAAGCUUUAAACUUACCUCUGUCUAAGUCUUACACUGAUGAAGAGUUACGUGAAAAGUAUGAAUUAUUAAUCACCGCAGUUUAUAAACCUUGUAACAUAAAUUUAAGUAACAAGAAAAUUUAUACCUAAAAUGACUCUAAAGUAGAGUAAACAAAUGCCAAUACAUAACAGUAUAUUAAAGAUGGAGUUGAAGAUGAAAAUCAUGAGAAGAGCAGCAGUAGCAGCGAUGAUGAUACUUGGAAAAGCAAAAUAAAUACUAUUGAGUAAUCAAUGGAAUAAGAUAAGCAAGAAAUAUAUAUUGGUGGGGUAUCCAUUAGAGAAAUUAAGGAGAAGUACUAUAACUACUUUAAUUCUAAGAAUUAGGCUAUAAACAAAGAAAUUCAAUAGAAAUCUAGAGCUAGAGCGUUUCUCGCCACUGACAUAUAAUUGAAUCCUUUUCAUAUUACUCAGUAUUAUGCGAUAAAGCCCAACACUAUAAAUGAUGUAUCGAUUAGGGUCAAAACAGCUAAAUCUAGUUUACUACUAGGAUCUAAAUAGGUGAAUUAUACAACUCAAAGAGGACGUGAUUCUUAUUAGAACGAGGAUGAGAUACAAAAAGCAAACUUGAGUUCACUUGUGAAAAUAAAGUCAAUUUAUACAGACCACUAAAACCUUGCAAUCCAGGUUGAUACUAAAAUUUGA